AUGUCUUCCGUUUCAGGUCGCAGCUCGUCUGCCUCUGGCCGUUCGCAAUCAGUAAAGAAUGUGGCCGAUAAACAAAUAUCUCAAAUCGAAAAAGGAGUCACUCAUCUGCUGGUCGCUACAAAGCAGCUCCUCGAAGCCUUGACCAACUGGUCUCGAAAACACGCUUCCGAAACCCAAGUAUCUGACGUGUAUGUGCGCUUGGGCUACGAGUUCAACCUCGCAUGUCGGGCUUUCAAUGCUAUCGGCGUUGAAACGUCUGAUCUCGGCCCCGUCCCAGAUAUAUUGCGUACCAUACUUGAAGACACAUUAAGCCAAGAUGCCUCCCCACAAAGCCUUGACAAAUAUCUUCCCCAGAUCCGCGACAUCAUCAUCAACUUGCUCCAUGGCCUGAAGAAAAAGCAAGCACGACUUCGAUCGAAACAACAAAAGGAGGAGGGGCGUGGGAUUCCAGGUCGGCAGGCUAGCGCAGGAAGCCUCUCCAGCAGAGACUCGAAUAUUGGACAACUCUACGACGAGGCCGCAGCAUCCACUAUACCGCAGAAUAAUAUUCAAUCUCCAAAACGGUCGGCGCGUCGAUAUGGGAGCCAGGGAUCUUUGGAAGAACCUCAAAUGAGUCGUCGGGACUCACCGCCGGUAUCAAGCGAGCAGCAGCGCAGUUACUCAGAACGAGAUGUCUCGCGGCGGGAGGCUCAACAAAUGCUCAGCCAACCGCCUCAGGGUGGUGCAGCUGUUUCACAAAAUGCCCCACCUUCAGCCCCUCCAGAUUUCCCAGCUCCUCCGCCACCUCCGAAAGAAGAUGAUGCGCUAGGCGCUUUACAGCGAAGUGGAGAACUGGAGCGGCGAGCAUCGCGGCGUUUCUCCGCAUACCAAAUCCAGAAACAUCUGGGGACUUCAUCAAAUGGAGUUCCUGUUAUUCCCUCCCAGAAUUCCCCAAUUCCAAACCGAGGGCGAGAUGUUCGCGAAUCUCUCAAUGCCGUUCGCUUGCGAGGAUCAUAUGCGCACAGUCGACAGCGAUCUUCUAAUCGCAUGCAGGAGACGGUCAAGGCUGCACAGACCCAAGCGGCAGCUAAUGUUCCCCAGGCAGUUGAAGAGGAAAGUGGUGAGCGCUCUCCGCAAGCAAACACAGAGACUGAGGAUGAGGAGACUCCUCGUCCUAUUAGCCACAAGCCUGAACCGCCGGCCAAGGACGAUAUCCCGGCUGCGAAGCCCGAAAAACAGCCACUGAGUUUCCCACCAUCUCCAAAGGCCCCAGAGUUGGAUGAUGCUUUUGAUCCUGAGAAAACCGCUGGUCCUGCUGCAGAGGCCCGCCCAGAAACACCCAAGGCUGCGCGACUCGAGCCGGCUGGCAUUGCCACACCUCCCUCUGUCCCCCAAUAUGCGAUAGAGCAGCCGUCACCUGGUAAGGAGCUCACACUCUUCUUACAAUACAAAACCAAAAUCAAGAAAUACGUUUUGCCUGAUGGCAUCGCGGAUCUUACUAUUGGACGUUUACAAUUGGCAUUCAUCGAGAAGUUCGCCUGGAAUACACACAACAAUGGUGCCGAUUUACCUGAAAUUUAUGUUCAAGAUCCGAUUUCUGGCAUCCGACAUGAGCUAGAAGAUUUGAAUGACGUCAAGGAUCGUUCGGUCCUUGUAUUAAACGUGGACAAUUUAGAUGAAGUCAAAAAGCAUUUUGAUGACAAUUUCGGGGGUGUUCUUAGCCUAGUGGAAAGUGUCAAAGAGUCGUUGGCAGGGCAAGGGCUAGCUAUUCAACGAGUCUCAGACCGUCAGCUGGAAGCUGCUAAGGAAAUGGCUCGGCUGGCUGCAGCGCCCCAAGGGCCUGUCCCAGUGGCAGCUAGUGUUCCUGAAGCCACCAAGACGCCAGUUGCUGCGAGUGGAAGCCAGAUUGCGGAACUGCAAAGUUUACGCCGAGAUCUCGCUGUUCUACGCCAAACUUACUCGAACUUUACAUCUGAUGUUGCUAGCUCAAUGAGUGCCGUUCGCUCCAAGGCCAGCCAGGUUAAGACUGCCGCAGUGGAUGUGGGCGUUCCAACCUAUGAGGGCGAUGCCGGCCGUGCCCGAGUUAACACAGGCAAGAAGGAACUCGCCGAUGAGUCGGAACGUCUCGUUGCACGAGUUGAUGAUCUGCAAGAUCUUGUCGAGGAUCUUCGGAAAGACGUGGUUACACGAGGUGUUCGACCCCUCCCAAGACAAUUAGAGGGUGUUAGCAAAGAUGUCAGCAACGUCAUGAAAGAGAUUAAGAAGAUGCAAGAUUUCCUCGCACGUGAGAAACCAAUCUGGACCAAGAUCUGGGAGAAACAAUUGCAACUCGUCUGUGAGGAACGUGAUCAGCUUACUAUGCAAGAAGAUUUGGCUGCCGACUUGCAGGAUGAUCUUGAGAAGGCAGCUCAGACUUUUGCUUUGGUGGAACAAGCUACCAAGGAACAAGCGAUGGAGAAGAGUACAACUGGUGUUGCCGGUGCUCCUGUCUUACGUGCUGUCUCACGAAAUAUUGGGUUUGAUCCCACAGUUGAUCCCAUGAAGGCUAAGGAUGGCGUUUUGGGCGAAGUUCGUGCCCUACAGCCAAACCAUGAGAGCCGCAUUGAAGCUAUUGAGCGAGCUGAAAAGGCUCGAAAGAAGGAACUGGAAACCCGACGGAUUGGGCUAUUCCAGAAGGAGCUUGGCAAUUUUGUCCAAGAGGGCAAGUUAAAGAAGAGCGGCGGCGUUGAAGAGGCUGAACGACUUCGUAAUGCCAAAGACGAUCGUAUUCGAAAAGAAGUAUGGGAUCGACAACAAGCCCGCAAUGCGGAGAUGGAGAGGGAAGAAGCUGAAGAAGCUGCGGCGGCCGCCGCUGCCGCUGAAGGAAGUGCAGAGGAAAAGCCGGACGGCGAGGAUGCUCCCAAUGAGGGUCCAUCGCAGGAAGCUAAGGAUGUUGAUGAAACUGUUGGAGAAGAGAAGGAGUCUAACUCCGAUGAAGCCAAGCAUGAUCAAGAAUGGCAUGAACCAGGAUCCAUUUGA